CGUCCAGUCACUUUAUUCCAUUUUUUCGCGUCUCUGGCGGCUGAGUGCAAAUUUGCAAAAAACUAAGCAUAAUUUAUAUAUUUCGCACCGCUAAACUUGAUAUUCACCACUGCUUGACAAGGACCAACUGCGAACAUGGAUCUCAGCGGUCCACAAUCUCUGAACCAAAUACUUCAGCCCGACGAGUUGAAACUCGUGCCGGAAGACGUUCAGACGAAAUUGUCGGCGUAUAUACAAAAAUUUUCGGAUGAAUACUGCAAUAACCGAGCGGCCGCCAAUCGGUUGGCCGAAGCAGAGCAAAAAAGCGAAGAAAUGGGAAACAAAAUGGAGGACUACCACGUCAAAUUCAACAACUUUGAGAAAAAUGUUAACGAGCUGCGCGACCAGCUGGACCAAAUGUCAUCCGAACGUGCUCAGCUCCUACUAACAGUUGCCAGUGCCGAGCAGAAUGUGUCUCAGUUGCGUAAGGAGAAGAGCUCUGUUGUCGAGGAACGGGAUUCGCUGAUGAACGUGAUCGAACGCCAGCAGGCCGAGUUGGAGCGGGUAAAACAAGAUCUGCAUACCUAUCAACAGCAGCUUAGCAACGCCAUUGCUGCCAAGUGCGAAGCCAUAGCCCGCUUAGAUGAAAUCCAGAGCAAGGAGGUGGCUCUGGAGCUCAAGGAGGGCCGCAUGGAGAGCGAACGUCAUAUGCUGCAGAAAGAGAUCCAACUGCUAAGCGCAGAUCUCAACAGAAACAACUCUGAGCUGCAAAACAUUCGGCGUGAGCAUGCACUGAAUAUCAUGCAACUGGAGUUGCAGGUCAAGGAGAAGACCGAUUCCUUGCAGCUGAUUCAGGGUCAGUAUGACCAGGCGAUCAAGAACAUCGAAGAUCUAAACCGCAAGGUGGAGACACAAAACGACGUCACCUACAAGCAAAAUCAGGCGUCGGAAGAGUAUGUGGAGACGCUAAAGAAAGAACUCGAUGCCAAGGAGAAACUUAUCGAUCUCUUCAAAAACACCGAGGCUGACCAUAUGUUCCAACGUGAGGAACUCCUACAAGGCAUCGCCGAGAUGAAACGCCUGGUAGAGGAGGGCGAGGAGCAGGGUGCCCAGUUACAGGCGGAAAUAACAACUCUUAAGCAGAAGCAUGCCGCUGAGCUGGAUGAGCAAAACCAGAAGAUUGAAGCUCUAAAGAUUGAGUUGGCCAAUGCAAACGAAUUACUAAAGGCAGCUCAAGAGAGCACCCUGGAAAGCGCUAUUUGUAAAUUGUCCCCAAGUGCGGCGGUGGCCAGUCGCCUUAUGCGCACCGAUCUAUCACUCACAGAACUUUACUCUAUGUACGCUAAGAACAGCGAGGAACUAGAGUUGCGCAACCGAGAAAUCCAGCAACUGAAACUGCAGGUGAAAUCGAUCCUUGGGGAGAUCAGUGAGAAUGCCCCGAUAUUGGAUAAACAGAACGCCGAAUACAACAAGAUGAAGGAGGCUUACGGCCAGCUAAUGCAAGAGCAUGAAGAGUUGGCCGAGCGGAAGAUAUCCCUAGAGCAUGAACUUGACCGGACUCAGUUCAAUCUGACUCACUGCCAAAAGGAGAAUAAGAAGCUUAAACAGACGCACAACGAUCUUGGCCGACAGGUGUGCAUGUUGCUGGACGAAGUGAACUGUCUAAGGGCCGGAGUGCCUCACAUCCGCAACCAACAGUCAAGACAGCCGACCACCAGCGAGCAUGUGAUCAACGAUAAUUUGGUAACUUUCAGUUCUAUAGAGGAGUUAGUCGAAAAGAAUGGCCAACUCCUAAAUAUUUCUCGGGAUCUUGCAGAAUUGUUAGAGGCGAGUGAAAAGAACCAACACAAGCUUUUGCUGGAGCAAUCUGAAGAGCAAGUGAACAAACUCAAUGCACGUUUUGCCGAAAUGGAGGUGCGAUUGGCGCAAAAGAACAACACAGUCACCUCAUUGACGUCCAAGUGUGAACGGUACAAAAAGUUCUAUUUCGCGGCUCAGAAGAAGUUGGGGCAAAAGACUGUGGACUUGGACGACUCCAAUCUUGAGCUCAACGACUCUGUGCUCGAAACAUCAACGCAGUCGACCGCGAAGGCGGAAGAGAUCAGCAAGCUGGAAAAAAGAGUUCGCCAGCUAGAGCAGCAGUUAGAAGAGGAGGUCAGGAAGUAUGCCUCUCUGAAGGAAAACUACGACUACUACACCAACGAAAAGCGUAAAAACGAGGUUCUGGCCCAAGAGCAGUUCGACGCUAUGCGUAAGGAGGUGCGGGAGCUAACCAGCACAAACUGUAAACUGAUGAACGCGACUGAAUUCCAGAAGGAGCAAAUAGAACAGGUGCACAAAAUGAUAGAAACAUAUAAACAACAGAUCGCCACUUUAGAAGAGCGCACCAAGAGUUACGAGAAGACCAUAAUCAAACACGAGCAAACUGUUCACAUGCUCAAGGAUGAGGUGAUGUCCGCCCACCGUAAGCACGCAGCGGCCGAGUCAGAGGCCCACAGUCUGCUCCAGGAGAAUCGCAUCCUGAAGGACACAACUGCCCGUCUACAGGUCGAAAAGGAGACCUACUACCGGGAACAGCAGAGCCAAUCCCUGCUCUUGAACAGUCUAGAGUUUAUAAAGACCAACUUAGAGCGAUCCGAGAUGGAGGGACGCCAGCGCUUGGAGCAGCGUUUGGAUGACACGGUACGGGAACUGUCUGCCCAACGGCGUCACUUCCAAGAGGAGGAGGAGAAGUUCCGUGAAUCAAUUAACGAGUUCAAGCGACAGGCGGAGACAGCUAUUAAGCUGAAAGAGGAGGAAAAGCAACAAGCCGAGAAGUGGCAGGCGGAGCUUACUAGUGUCCGAGAAGAGCUUGCUCAGAAGGUGAUCCAGGUCAAUACCUUAAGCAAAAAGCUACAGGACAGCCUCACGCCCUCGAUUAACGAGAACCCCAUCGCGGCAGCUAAUAAGCGAGCCCGGGAGUUGGAACUCAAACUGGAUCAGGCCACAGUAGAGAUACAGUCGCUUACCAAAGAGCUGGCAAAGGCUCGGGAGCACGGAGAGCAAUUCUACAAGAUGUCACAGAGUGCCGAGACCGAGAUCAAGCGUUUGCACGAUAUGCACAGUGAAAUGGUGGCGCAGCAGGAGGAGGAAAUUAAAAAGCUUAAAAAUUCCGAGGCUGAACUUAAGACCCGGAUCUCCGAUUUGGAAGCGGAAGCUAUGCUGUCCAACGUCACCGAGCAAAGCAAAACUACAAACCAGUCUAGUCAGUUACAAUCAGCCCAAGAGGAGCUUAAGAGUGUGUUGGAGAAGCUCACGGAAUCUAAUCGCACCAUUCGCACACUGCGUAGCGAAAACAGCACGCUGGCUGAGUCGCUAAAUGCCGUAGAGGUUAAAUACGCCAACGGAAUGGUACAGCACUCCGCGGACAUCCAGGAGCUAACCCGUUACAAGACCGAAUUCUAUAAGGCCAACGACGAGCUCAAUCAACUGAAGUCCGGUCGCGAAUCACUGCAAGCCGCAUACGAUGAACUCGUGCGUUCCAAUGAGGAAGCCAAGAAGCUGCUCGACAAGGAGAAGGAGGAAUCAGAACAGCGCUUGGCCGAUUUGCAUGCUUUGAACUCCAGUCUGCACGAUCAACUCGAAGCCCUGGCCACCAAACUGGCUGUUCUGGCCAGUCAAAGCCAGAAUCCUAACACUACGCUGAAUGAGUCUGUCGUGGACGCAGAUCAGAGCUUAAAUGCUUUUGGACUGACCGGUGGCGAAGAGGGUAAAAACAACGAGCAGCUACUGAAAAUCAUCAAGUUCCUCCGCAAGGAGAAAGAUCUCUUCGCGGCCAAGCUGGACAUCUUAAAGGCAGAAAAUGCGCGUCUGAUGUCGGAGCACACCAUUCAGCAGAAGAAGGUGGAUGAACUCAAUGGCUAUCUGAACCAAGAGCGUACCAAGAGCCAAACGGAUGUAGUGUCGGCCAAUAAGCAUGAGGAGGUGCUGCGAAAGAUCGAAACCCUGAAUGCCAUCACCGACAGCAACCGCAUUCUGCGUGAGGAGCGAAAUACUUUAACUCUUCGCGUCACUGAACUCACUGACCGCAUCAGCAGCGUGGAGAAGGAACUUUUCCCACUGCAGUGCGCCAACAAGGAGUUGACAUCGAAGAUCGAGGAGAUUAAUGUGGAGAAUUCCUCGCUGCGCACCGAAGCCCUCAGGUGGCGGCAGCGUGCUAAUGCGCUUGUGGAGAAGAGCAAUCGCAAUCCCGAGGAGUUCAAACGGCUGCAGGCUGAACGCGAGCACCUGGCCAAGUUGCUCACCGCCGAGAAAGAGCUGACCAAGAAGCAAUCGGAUGAGUUGACCUUGCUGAAACAGCGCAUGGACACAGAGAUACCAUCUCUAAACAAGCACCUGCAACAGCUUGACGAGGCUCGUAAGAAGCAGGUGGACGAAUUCAGCAACCUUAAACAAAACAAUGCGCGCCAAACCCAGGACAUCAUGGAACUGAAGAAUCGCUUGCUACAAAAGGAAGAAGAGCUCAUAAAAGCUAACGAAGAUAUAGAAACGAAAGACAAGGCCAUUGCAGACAAAGACACUAAGGAGCUGCAGUUGCGCAAACUGGCCAAGCGCUACAAGGACUACUACAUUGGUCUACAGGCCCAAGCCGGAGGAGCCGAGUCCGUGGCGGAAUUGGAAAAGAUUCGCGGCGAAUUGGAGGAGGUCAAUAAUCAACUUCGAGCAUUAAAAGAAGAACAUGAAAAGGUUACCAAAGAAUUCGAGGAGCUGAAGAAACGUUCAGAGCCAGAGACUGAUGCAAGCGCUGUGCGCCAGGAAUAUAAGGCCAAGCUGGACAAACUUGUACUGGACCUUACCGUGGCUCGUACUGAUUUGGCCAACCAGGAGACAACCUUAGCUGGCACCAAGUCCUCUUACGACGAAACCAUAGCGCGUUUGGAAAAGGAGCUGCAGGAGAACAUUGCUGCCAAUAAAGACAUAAAUCAGCGACUUACACGUGAAAACGAAUCCCUUCACAUGAGAAUUAAUCAGCUAACCCGUCAGUUGGGAUCGCAGCAGUCCACCAAACCGUCAACCAGCUCUGUUGCCGAGAAGGGCAACAUCUCAGAGAGUUCUCCACGUACUGCCAACGUAAAGCCCAUGUCCGGAUCGGCCACAGUGCAGCAAUCGGCCACCGUGACUCCCUGGCGUGGCGGCGAAACUCCUUUGGCCAGCAUCCGUCCCAUUUCUGUGCAGAACAGCCGCACGGCCGCUAUUCUGCCUACCAGUCAACAACCUCCGGCUGGAUCCAGUACGUCCACUUCUUCAUCAUCUUCAUCGACUUCAACUACAUCCGCUGCAGCCAGCGGAGGGAGCUCGGCUGUUGCCCAAACUGCUCUAGUGCCACCGCAGCAGCAGGUACACACCACUGGUAAUGCCGCUUUGGAAUCGAUGGCCUCCUCAUCGCCCACGUCCUCGCACACCGAUUAUAUGCCAUCCACCAGCUCUGCAUCUGUGGCCGUGGCUGCUAUUCCACCAAUGGGUGCCUCAUCCGCAGCGGAAAGUUCCCAGGAGGCGGAGAGCAUCCAACAUCCGCAGCAGAACGACUCACAACUGUUCGUGGGCGGAGCCCAGCAGCAAGUUGUGGCUCUCGUAUCGCCUCGCGUGGAAGGAUCGUCAUCUUCAUCCAGCUCCACGUCUGUACCAAAUGCCACUGCUCCCAGUGUACAGGAUGGCGGGAGUCAAAGCCAACAACCCAGCACUUCGGGCAGCAGCAGCAGCUCAUCUACGGUGGUGAGUAGCCACAGCAGGCACACCCCAUCCAGCAGCAAUGUGACGACCACCCAAGCCGGCUGCUCAUCCCAGGGCAUCAAGCGACCACGCGACGUGGAGGGUGACUCUUCUACUACCAACGAAGAGGGCGUUCCCGAAAAAAUGCCAAAGAUGACAAAGCGACUUCGCGUACCCAUGCAUAGUGGAGAACUCUCCGCUGGACACAUUGGCGAUUCCGGAAUGGAUGCCGAUCAGAUGCCAACAUCUUCGCAGCGCGAUCAGGAGGACGACAUCCAAGUUGUUGACUCAGAUGACGAGGAAGACGUUCUAGCCGAUGCUGAUGAUGGCCCCAUUGACGGAGGUGAGGCUGAACAGGAGGGUUAUGAGGAUUCCUAUGAGCAGGACAACGAGAUGGACGACAACGAGGGCGCCGACGAUGACAUGGCUGUAGAUGCCCAGGACAACAACGAAGUGGAUAUCGAAGAGGUGCCUGAGCAGCAUAUGCAAGCACAGGAGGAAAGUCAAUCGCUAGAUAGCCAGGCAGUCGCGACCGCAUCUGCUUCUACUCAGGAGAACAACCAAAGCCAGGCCAUUACCAGUGGCAGUGGCGAGUCCUCGAAUCCGGUAACUUUGCCACAGGCUGAAGCAUCUAACUGGAAACAGGCAGCGGCCUCAACGUCCACAGCAGCCGCUCGACGCAACGAAAGCUCCGUUGAGAUUGUGAGCUCACCGCAAGUGUCAAACUUUAGUGAGCAGCCAGCCUGCUUGGAAAACGCCGAAGUCGACGGCACCGCCGAGGUGGCCGAGGCUGCUCCGCACGAUAUCGCAGGACCGAGUGAUGAGGGAGCUGCCACCGCCAGUUCUCCGCAAAAACAGAGUGAUGCAGGAGAAAGCAGUGUCAGCGACGCCAACAAGGCAACUCACGAAGGUGAUCAUGCUGGGGAAGCAGAAAAUGCCAGCGAGGCAGAUGAGGCUUUCGCCGAAGAGACAAUGGCUACUGGCCAAGAAGAAGACUCACAGCCAUUAGGAAAUGAUAAUCCAAAUGUGGGCACCAGUCAAUCUGAGGUGUCCCAUAACCAGGCCAAUCUUGCCGAGGGCAACCCCACCGAGGACAACGAGGGCGCCGAUGGCGUCUCCUCUGAGGGUGAGAAGCCGGCGGUGGGUGUUGAGGAGGAGGGUCGAGAGGCAGAGGCCACCUCCCCGUCGGAGAACACGCGUUUUCGGACACUGCGCAGUGCAGUUCCCACACGACGCGGUAGUCGCGCAAUGAUGCGGGGAGGCAGCCCAAACAAUCAAAACCGGCCGCAGCGCAUUGUCUGGCAAAGGGAAACAUCGCCAGGAAACAUGCAGAGGGACCAGAUGCCGCCAGCCAAUAAUCGCCAAUUCUCGCAAAGGUCCCGCAGUCGGCGUCCAAUCCGUCGUCCAUCCCCAAACAACUUCAAUAGCGGCGGACGAUUCCCCUAGGGCGAGGAGUUCGGCGGACCCGAAGACGAAAGUCCGCUAUAGGCUGACUAUAAUCAUUGCGUGUACGGGCCUAGUAUUUAAGAAUUCUCCUCGCAUUUAACUAUUAUUAAUCUAAGUAGACCUACAACUACACUUUUUACACAACAUUCUUUUCGCCUGCCAAGACGCAAAGAUCUUAGGUUCUUGUACAUUCACCUAGCUAUAGAUAUCCGAAUAAACAAAUAUGUAUGGU